GAUUUGGCAACACGUGUAGUCGCUAGGGGGCACUGACAUUGUGAAUGGAAUCCCUGGGAGACUCUAAAGUGCAUUGAGAGUGACAAAACAGUUUGGAAACGCCGCUCAAAAGUGUAAGAAAUGGAAGAAAAAGAACAAGAUGAUAUGUGCAGUAUAUAUCCGGCAGUGCUGCCAUCUGGGAGUGAGAUCAAGGCUCGCGUGCAGCACUUCAUAGAGGAUCAGUUACACAGCACCAUGUGGACUGGUGUGCUGAUUGGAGCUGCUGUUGCAAUUUCAUUUGUCAGUAUUGUUGCCUUUUUUCUGAACAGAAGAUACAAGUCUGGAGAAGUGCAAGCUGAAGGUCCUAAAUACCGUUUCAGAAAAAGAGACAAAGUGAUGUUUUAUGGCAGGAAGAUAAUGAGAAAAGUCCAGACCUUAUCCUCACCAGCCACCUCAGGCCCAGUAUCUCAAAAGCGAACCAGAAAAAGAACAAAAGUUCUAUCAAUAGCUCGCAAAAUCCUACGUAUCCGAAGGGAGCCACCAACACUUCAGCCGAAAGAGCCUCCACCUUCUCUCUUGGAAGCAGAUCUGACUGAAUUCGACAUGCAGAACUCUCACCUGCCCUCUGAGGUCCUGUAUAUGCUGAAAAAUGUGAGGGUUCUGGGUCAUUUUGAGAAACCUUUGUUUCUGGAACUGUGUCGACAUAUGGUGUUUGUGACGCUGCAGCAGGGGGAAGGAUUAUUCCGCCCAGGUGACACAGAUGACAGCAUCUUUGUGGUGCAGGAUGGCCGUCUUGAUCUGUGUAUCCAUGAGAAUGAUGGGACUGAGGUUGUGGUGAAGCAUGUUUUGCCUGGAGACAGUGUUCACAGUCUUCUCAGCAUCCUUGAUGUCAUCACUGGAUAUCCAGCUCCCUAUAAAACUGUCUCAGCCAGGGCAGCAGCCCCAACUACUGUUCUCCGCCUUCCUGCACAGGCUUUCCAGUCCGUCUUUGAGAAAUACCCAGAGACCCUGGUCCGAGUUGUUCAGAUAAUCAUGGUGCGUCUUCAGAGAGUUACCUUUCUUGCCCUUCACAACUAUCUGGGCCUGACCACAGAGCUUUUCAGUAAGGAAAGUCAAGCUGUUCCACUGGUCUCAGUGGCCAGUGUUGUAGGAGAAGCCAGUCCAGGCAAAGGACUACGCAGACACUCACAGACAAUUGAAGAAGUUUCUGAAAAGGUCCCACAAAGGUCAACAGACCAUUACAGUGACACAAGUCAGAUGUACAGAGGAGAGGAUGGUGGGAGGCAUCGAACUGAAAGUCCAUCCGCUUUAUUCAGAAAGUCUCGCUCACUGUCAACACCUUUUGACAGCACCCAUGCUGGGUCCCCUGACUACAGUAUGGCUUUUGACAGAGCAAGCAUUACAAAAGAGGAAGCCCCUACAAGUCCUAUUGUCAUUCCUAAGGCCGUGCGGAAGAAGUCAGUGACAAUGCAACAUUCUCCUUCAGCUGUGUUUCACUACUCAGACACUGGGGGACACUACAGCCACAUCCACCAUUGUAAAGUUAAUGCUAUUUUCCAAGCUGCCAAGAAGGACUUGCUUAAAAUUAUUCAACUUCAGGACCACAGUCUUCUGGAAGAUAGGGUGACUCUGAGACAAGUUAAGGCAGGCUCUGUUGUUGCAAGCGAGGGAGACCAGGAUGUGAGCGUGCAGUUUGUCGUCUCAGGAACUCUCCAUGUGUACCAGAGACUGAUUGACAGAGAGGAAGAAACAUGUCUUUUUGUGGCUCACCCAGGAGAGAUGGUCGGCCACCUUGCUGUUCUCACAGGAGAGCCUCUAAUCUUUUCUGUGCGCGCCCACCGGGACUGCUGCUUCCUGUCUAUCUCCAAAACACACUUCUAUGAGAUAAUGCGUGCUGAGCCACGAAUGGUCUUAAAUGUAGCCCACACGGUGGUACGGAGGGUCUCCUCCUUUGUCCGACAGAUUGACUUUGCCCUGGACUGGAUGGCAUUGGAGGCCGGACGGGCUGUCUAUAGACAAGGUGAUAAGUCAGACAGCACUUUCAUUGUUCUGAGUGGCCGUCUGCGCUCUGUCAUCAUGAAGGAUGAUGGGAAAAAAGAGCUUGCUGGAGAGUAUGGACGGGGAGACCUCAUUGGUGUGGUGGAAGCUUUGACUCAUUUAAACAGAGCCACUACAGUCCAUGCAGUCCGAGACUCUGAACUAGCCAAACUGCCUGAAGGAGCUCUUAACUCUAUUAAGAGGAAAUACCCACAGGUUGUGACUCGGCUGAUUCAUCUUCUAGGACAGAAAAUCUUGGGCAACAUGCAGCAAGUGAAUGGUCCACUAUCAGUGCGCAGUCUGGGUUUUCACACUCCAAGCAGUAAGUGGGAUGCAGGAAACCCAGCUGCCAAUCUGUCUACGGUUGCCAUACUGCCUGUGUCUGAGGAGGUGCCUUUGACUGCCUUCACUUUGGAGCUGCAGCAUGCUCUCAGUGCCAUUGGUCCCACUUUGCUUCUAACCAGUGACAUCAUCAGACAGCGCCUGGGCAUUGCAGCUUUGGACAGUGUUCAUGAGUACCGUUUAUCAAGCUGGCUGGGUCAACAAGAGGACAUCCACCGGAUUGUUCUGUAUCAGUCUGAUAGUUCUCUGACUCCUUGGACCCAACGUUGCAUCAGACAGGCUGAUUGCAUCAUUAUAGUGGGUCUGGGGGAACAGGAGCCUACUGUUGGAGAGCUGGAGCGUAUGCUAGAGAGCAGUGCUGUGAGAGCUCAGAAGCAGCUGGUCCUGUUGCACCGCGAGGACGGGCCUCCACCUAGAGGAACGGCAGAAUGGCUCAACAUGCGCAGCUGGAUCUCUAGACAUCUGCACCUGUCCUGCCCCCACAGGGUCUUCUCCAGGAGGAGUCUGCCCAAACUGAGAGAGAUGUAUCAGCGGGUAUUUGAGAAGCCUCCCGACCGGCACUCUGACUUCUCGCGUCUGGCUCGGAUCCUGACAGGCAACGCUAUCGCUCUGGUGCUGGGAGGAGGGGGGGCCAGAGGCUGCUCUCAGGUGGGCAUCAUUCGGGCAUUGAGUGAAGCAGGGAUUCCUGUGGAUCUAAUUGGUGGCACUUCCAUUGGUUCCUUGAUAGGAGCGCUCUAUGCUGAAGAGCGAAGCGUCAGUCGAAUGACGGUUAGGGCACGCCAGUGGGCCAUGGAUUUUGGAUCCAUAUUUAAGAAGAUGACAGACUUAACCUACCCAGUGACAUCCAUGUUUACUGGCGCAUCAUUUAACUCCAGCAUUAGUGGAAUCUUCCAGGACAAGCAAAUUGAGGACCUUUGGAUUCCAUAUUUUAACAUCACCACAGACAUCACUGCCUCCUCCAUGAGAGUGCACACUGAUGGUUCUCUGUGGAGGUACGUGCGUGCCAGUAUGUCUCUCUCUGGAUAUCUUCCUCCUUUAUGUGACCCUAAAGAUGGACACUUGCUCAUGGAUGGAGGCUACAUCAAUAACCUACCUGCUGACACAGCUCGCUCGAUGGGUGCGAAGUUGGUGAUUGCUGUUGAUGUUGGCAGUCAGGAUGAGACCGAUCUGACUAAUUAUGGAGACUCUUUAUCUGGAUGGUGGCUGCUUUGGAAACGCUUGAACCCUCUGACACAGAAAGUAAAGGUGUUGAACAUGGCAGAGAUUCAGACCCGUCUGGCUUAUGUGUGUUCUGUGCGUCAGUUGGAAAUGGUAAAAGACAGUGACUACUGCGAGUACCUGCGACCACCCAUAGAUCGCUAUGGCACACUGGACUUUGGCAAAUUUGAUGAGAUUGCUGAUGUUGGCUUCCAGCAUGGAAAGACCGUGUUUGACGUGUGGUGCCGGAGCGGGGUGAGGGAAACAAUGCUCAAAGACCAACAUCAAGAGGAAUUCCACAAAUCCAGGAGCACUAAUGUGACCUGUCCCAAUGCUUCUUUCACUGAUCUGGCUGAAAUAGUGUCCAGAAUAGAGCCAGUGAAACAAGCCAUGGUGGAUGAGGAGUCGGAGUACCAGACAGACUAUGAUGAAGAUGCAGUGCUGUCAGACUUCGAUCUGUCCAAUCCAAACAGCGAACACAGUGAACAUACUGAAGAAGAAGAGGAGGAUGACACACCUGAUACAGAUGAUGAAAUGGAGAUCAGGACAAGGCGACAUCGAGCACUCAACCACAACAGCCAUAAUACCAACUGACCUCAAUUACUUACUUUCCAAGAUGUUUUGCUUGUUUGUUUUUUUUUCUUUUCAGUAUUAUGAGUCUUCAUAAGGGUUUUAACGGAUUUUAACAAGUAACAUUAUCAGUAUUACUUGAAUUAUUAAUAACUAACAGGUACUUAAUAGAAAAAUCAAGUAUUAUGGUACAUCUACAUUAGACCACAGUCUCAUUUGUUAUUCUUUGGGAAGGCCUGUAACGGUGACGGACAACACAACACUGAGCUGUCUCAAAGUUUAGUAACAAAGUUUACUUCUAGUAUUACACAAGGUCAGUAAUAUUUAAAACCCUUUACAUUUCAUAUUCAUGCAAGCUGUCAAUGCAACCUUGACACAGUUGAAUACUGUGUGAAACGAUAAGCUGUUUUGUGUCCAUAUUGUCUUGUUAGUGAAGUUAACACUAGUCCAACUAAUUUAUAACUAGAAGAGAAGGAUGAACUAGUAAAUAUAACUGUGAGAGAUAUUCUAUUUGUAGCCAUGUUGGUAAAUCACUAAAUAAGCAUAGCUUUUAUUUUGGAUUAUAGGUAAAAUUUGAUUGAAGCAACUGACAAUGUUUUAGUGUGUUUUUGGUCUAUUAAAAGUUCUUAGUUGUCUGAAUUCCUGGUUGGUUGUUGAAUACUAGAUAUGUAGUAUCUCACAUGAUGACGAACCAUUUUCCUUCAUCUUCUGAAGUAAGAGCUCAUUGUACAAUGAAAACAUAAGGAGAUGCCUGAAAUAUUUGGAUCUGUAGUCUCUUCCUCAAAAAUGGAGCAGUCAAUGCAAAAUCAUUUUCAGGACCUUGGACAAGGCCUUAAGAUGAAACGAAAUGUUUCAGUUCAGUGUUGGGGAAUAAUUUAUGAAAAAUUAGAAAAUAAAUACUGUUUUGUUUUGAUAUCACGAAAACCAUGAUGAUAUCGUCACCUUUGUAACUCCAGUCAAAGUUAAGAUGCCAAGACCCCUCUUCACAGGCGAUGAUUUUUCCUUGUGUACUGCUGAAGAAAUAAUGACGAAGGUCAGUGUUUUCAAACUUUUUUUCUGGUUGGCAGUCUGAGUGACUGGUACUUUAUUGAUCUGGCACUCUAUCAGAUCUCUGAAAUUUGCUUCCUGCCAAGUGUUUGAUUUGAUGGAUGAAUAAGUGGAUUGAUAUAGAGGUGUUCUCCUUUGUGCCUUUCUACAGUGAUGUUAGAAUUCAUUGACAGUCUGACAAGAACAAAGUGCUGCAACCAGUAAGAAGAGAAGCUUAAUAAAAAGCAGACUGGAUCAGGGUUUCAGCAAUCCAUAAAUGCAGACUGUAAGCUGUGUAAAGGUGUAAAGAUAUGAAAGGCAAGUAAAUAUGUUGUUCAUAAGCUGUUAUUGCCCUUUGUUGGGGAACACUGCACAAAACUAGAGAUUUAAAAACUGAUUUUUGAAAGAAGUCUCCAAUG